AUGCCAAAUACAAAGCCAACCACGCCGCUCCAUCCGGAUGCUAAUCAGGAGAUAGAGGCACCAAAAGAAAUACCAAAGGAGCUUACAUCAGCGUUGGAUCUAGAAGAUGAUGACGAAGAUAAUCUCAGUUUGGAUUUGGUAAAUACUCAAAGUCAUAAUAAUGAUUAUUUAAUGGAUAGUGAUGAUUCAGAUGGACAGGAUGGAGCAGUAAACGAAAGUGAAGUACAGAAGGAUGACAGCUUAAUUGAUGCAGUAGCACCAAUAGGUGAACCAAUUUCUCCAAGAGCAUCACGUACCAAUACAGGCAAUGACUCUGUGUCGACAAAUUUCUUUGACAUGGAUUUUGAAAGUAGGAGGACACCAUUGAAUCCUUUCGGACAAAACACAAAAAUGUCUUCUUCCGAGCCAAUUCGAAUUCUGAGAAAAUCAUCUGGUGAAAACAAAAUCAGAAAGCUCUCGAUGUCACAGCAAAGUCGACUUAUCAGUUACAUUGAUGAGCGCUUAAUGGCAAUUCAGAGAAAAUUCAUUAAAUAUCUAUCUGCCAGAGAGGAUCCAGAAACUAAAACUGAAGAUAAAUCAGUGCAAUAUGGAUUAUCAGAGUUGAUGCAUUCACUAGAUAGCGUUAUUAAUAUUAUUUGGUAUUCCAUGUUUAAAAUGAGGUUUGUUCCUUUUGUUUAUCACGAUGAUGUUCUAACAGAAGAUGAACGAGAAAAGUUAGGACUGUCGAAUUCAAAGCAGAUCGAACUCGAGGAAAUAACUUCCGACUUCCUUUUCGGUCAGACAAGUUAUCUCAUCAGAAUCAUGGGUGAUCUUGUUGAUUAUACAUCGAAAUUUCAUUUUCAAAGUUUUCAGGAAGUUCAUAAUCUUAUUUACAUUCUUGCUGAGCUUGAUAAUAUCAUUUGUAUUCUUAUCGAUGAAUAUGAAGACAGUGAUGAUGGUGAUCUUUUGUUACAGAAAAAGGAUUAUCGGGAUGAAAAGAAUUCUCCGGUAUCUUCUCCAGAACGAUCUUUUAUUAGCAACACUGAAAAAAUCAGAAUUGAUUCCAUUAUUAGUCGUACUAAGCUUCUUGUUAUCACGAAGUUCGAUGAAUUCAAGAAAAUUGUAUUGGAACAGUUGAAUGACAAUGAUGAUGAUAACGCAACACACAUCCGAAAAAGAAAAAGGGAUGAUCAAAUACGUAUUCAGAUCCAAAAGUUUGAAAUAUUGAUAGGUGAGAUUUACGAAGGUAUCCUUGAUCGCACAUCCGUUUGA